AUGAAUAGAGCAAAAGUUUUAUCUAGCUAUUUAGGUUUAUUAAGAACAGAGAAAAAGGUAUUUCAAAAUGAUAAAAGAGCACUUGAACAUGUAAUCAAUUUAACAAGAGUUCAAUUUAGAGAUAAUAAAAAUGAAACAGAUAAUACAAAAAUUAAUGAAAUGAUAGAUCAUGCAAAUGCUGUCUCUCAUUUUUUAGUUAAAGAUUUAAUUCAAGGUGUUAGAAAAGAUGAAAAAACCAUUCAACUUAAAUUUGAUGAAAAUACAAAGUCAUACCAACAAUAUGAAUUUGUAAAUGAUCAACCACCACAAAGAAAAAAGAGAGGAAAGAUUCAAAUUGAUGAUGAACAACCAACUACUUGUUGUGGUGGUGGUUGUGGUAAACCAAUGCCUUCAAAUAAUUCUGAAAAAUCAACUUGUUCAUAA